GUGGCCUAUGGCGGAAGUGCAGGUGGAUCUUCGAGUUGAGCUCAAUAAAUUAAAUUAAUAUUAAAAAACUAACAGUAAUCAAGCAUGGCCCUCAACAACAAUCAUUCUGAAUCUGGAGGAGUUAUCAUCAACAACAGCGAAAGUGUCUUGAUGUCUUAUGAGAAUGUGGAGCUGGUGUUCAGUGAUGCAGAACGCUUGCCAGAAGCCUUCAGAAAAAGCAAGAAGGGAAGCAUCUACCUGACGCCUUACAGGAUGAUCUUCUUGACUAAAGGGAAGGACCCUCUGCAGUCGUUCAUGAUGCCGUUUUAUCUUCUGAAGGGCUGUGAGGUCAAACAGCCGGUGCUCGGCGCCAACUACAUCAACGGGACGAUCAGCGCCGAGCCUGGAGGCGGCUGGGAAGGCUCUGCAACCUUCAAGUUGAUUUUUGUUGCCGGAGGAGCGAUCGAGUUUGGACAGUACAUGCUACAGGUGGCAGCACAGGCAUCCAGAGGGCAACCAGUGACUGUCAAUUACGGCUGUCCUCACAUUGCAAACGGGGCGUACGCUUACCCUCCUCCUCCUCCGUCUGCUAACGGCAUGUAUUCGGCCGCUCCUCCUCCGCCUGGAUACGCCUACCCUGGACCUCCACCUCCAGGUGGAUUUUACCCCAGCGCUCCUGGCUUUGACGGACCAGCAGCCUACAUGCCUCCUCCGCCGUACACCGCUCCUCCAGACCCAGAUCUGCCCAGAAGCGCCGCAGCUGAAGCAAAAGCAGCUGAAGCUGCAGCGAGUUCCAGCGCGACUACGUUUGCUCCGACACGGGUCUACCUGCCCGAGGACAAGCCUCCACCGUACUCUCCACCUGAAGAUAAGAAGAACCAGUAGAUGUGUCACAUCCUCUCCUCUCUUCAUCUCACCAUCUCCAGUUAACACGACCUGGCCUGUGUAGAGGGAGACGAGAGAGACACAUGAAUGAAUUCACAGCUGGUGAACGAGAGGGAGCCGACUGUUAGCUUUCUAACCGACAGUAAAUGAUUGAGCUUUUCUAAAUAUGAAAAUGAGUUUAUUUAGGAGACAUGUAUGAAUGAUUGUGUAUAGAUCGAGGUUUGAAGUAUUUUGCUAGUUGCACAAGAGUUAACGUUGACGUUCACAUUAAUAGUGCUUUCAGUUGUUGUUCAUUCUCGAUUGCUGCAUAUAACGUAAUCUGAAUGAAGAGCGUUGGUUGUUGCCACUCAGCUGUUACUCAACACUCAAGCAGUCGCUUAAAUCUUUGAAAAGAAAUGCAAAUCAAAUGCAGACGCCCUUUACUAGACAUUCUGUUGAAUGCAUGAGGAACGUAGAAAAUAAAAAGUAGCUGAAAAAGUAAAAAAUGUAGUUGAGUUUGUAUCUGCGUCACAUUUGAAGAAAUGUAGCAUUCCAAAAGUGAAUGGGUGCCGUCAGAACGAGAGUCCCAACAGCUGAUAAAAACAUCACAAUAAUCCUCAAGUGCAUUUUUCAUAUUUAGGUGAACUAUUCCUCUAACUAAAACCUUUACAAGGUACAAGUCUGUUUUAUACAACAGUUCUGGUUCUUGAUUCUGAUUGGACGGGCUGUUAGUCUGCUGUUGUUUCCACUUUGGCUUCUUUUGCAAUCAUUUUUAUUGCAGGAGCAAAAACCAAGUCAUCAAAUCAACUGAGCAUUAUCUACAAUCACCUUCACGAACAGUACAUGAAGUACAUCUGAUGUAUUUUGCAGUGUUUUUUAGUCCUGGCAUCUCUUGUCUCUGUUGCAUGCAGCUGUUAGAUUAAAGAUGCACUUUAACCCUACGUGCACCUUCAGUCUCUCGGACAGAGUUUAUAGAUUCUUUUUUUCCCCUUAAUUUAUUUAACUAUACAUUUAAUCAGUUACGCAUGGUCUUGACUGUAUCUUGUUAUUCAAAGUGUAUUUUAUUAAAGUAACCCUGUACAGGUGGAACAAUGCAUUUCAUUUAUGGACGUCUUUUGUCUUCAUUAUUCCCGGUGUACAUGAUGACCAGGUUUCCGAAAGCAGACAAAUGUAAAGAUGAGUUCACAUUCUUCGGUAAAAGUCUCUCAGGAAGUUCAAAAUGAUGUCAGAAUUCCCAAAGGAUGUGCUUUUCCAGCCCUGAUAUCUUGUGCAAAUUAAAAUAUUCAAACAAUCUCCCAAUAUUAAGGACAAUUCUAGGUUUUACUAGUUAGUGCAUAUAGUCAGCUCAAAGAAAUGAGCUCAGACCGCCAUUUCAUAGAAUUAUGAUCCCAUAAUCAGAUAUAACGCAAACAGUGUUUAAACUUUCACUGGCUCUUUAUAGAAAGGCUAUGUUCAGAAUAGUGUACUAAUAAUAUAUCUGUAGCAUGCAUGACUUAAACUGUGGAGAGUGUGCAAUAAAGUGCUAUGGAAGCCUUUACCACGAAAAAAAUAAAAUAAAAAGGUAUUGCAACUUUUUAUGGUUUCUUGCAAUUCUGAAAAAAAAAAAAACAUUAAAUGAAUAAAGAGUUUAUUGUAGCAUUUUUUUUUCCUUGCAAUUGUGAGAUUUUGUCUCAAUUGUGAGUAAACAAGUAAGAAUUGUAAAAAAAAUAAAUAAAUGCACCACUACCUUUUGGAAACGGGCUGCCAUAAAGUGCACUAUGCAAUAGAGCACACU